AUGACAUCUCCCACUCAAGAGCUUCCCGUUGUUGAAUCGAUUGGCCUUGAGCUCCCACCCUCAAAGCUAGCUCCAAAAGCCUUCGCAUACGCAAAAGAACAUUGUACCGAGGCGGUCUACAACCAUGCUAUUCGUUCCGCAUAUUGGGCAAUUCUAAUCGCUAAAAAGUUGCCCGAAUUCAAAGACAACCCCGAUCUCAACUUGGAGGCAGUAGUCAUCGGUUGUAUCCUUCACGACAUGGGCUGGGCCAAAACACCAGACCUAUUGUCAACCGACAAGCGUUUCGAGGUUGACAGCGCGAAUAUCGCACGAGAGUUUAUUAAGUCCGAAAAGAGUUCCGAGGACGCAACAGAAUCCAUCGACGAAGCCACCACCCAGCGGAUUUGGGAUUCUAUCGCUUUGCAUACCACAGGCUCCAUUGCCAGACAUGCCGCUCCCGAGGUUGCUCUUACACAUCUUGGUGUGGUGGCCGAUUUCAUGGGACCUAGCCUUCGCGGCCCAUGCGAUGAGGAGUUGAUUACGCCGGAAGAAUAUGGUACAAUUAUGCGAGUCUUUCCGCGCGCUGGGUUCAAUGCAGAUGGCUUCAAGAACAUCAUGUGUUGGUUAUGCCGGACAAAGCCGGAAACUACUUAUAAUAACUGGGUCGGUGCAUUUGGGCGGACUUAUGGGACAGAUAGUGUAGGUGGGGGGCGGGAUCUAUAUGCAAAGGCUUGGGAGGAGAGGCAGUCGGUGAAUUUCUUACUACCAGGGCUGGAUGCUUUGGAAGCGAAAGAUCCAGCGCAUUAA